AAACGCAAACCAAUUCUACAUUUGCUUAAAGAUUUCUGUUUCAGCGAUCAAGAAUGUCGACUAAUGUUGGUCAAGUGAUUCGAUGCAAAGCGGCGGUGGCGUGGGAAGCUGGGAAGCCACUGGUGAUUGAAGAAGUGGAGGUGGCGCCACCCCAAAAAAUGGAAGUCCGAAUAAAGAUCCUCUUCACCUCCCUGUGCCACACCGACGUUUACUUCUGGGAAGCCAAGGGUCAGAAUCCUGUGUUUCCUCGAAUUUUAGGUCAUGAGGCUGGAGGGAUUGUGGAGAGUGUUGGGGAAGGAGUGACUGAUCUUCAGCCAGGAGACCAUGUUCUUCCUGUUUUCACCGGAGAAUGCAAAGAAUGUGCUCACUGUAAGUCCGAAGAGAGUAAUAUGUGCGAUCUCCUGAGGAUCAACACCGAUCGGGGAGUCAUGAUUCAUGAUCAGAAGUCUCGGUUUUCGAUCCAAGGAAAACCCAUUUUCCAUUUCGUUGGAACUUCGACCUUUAGCGAAUACACCGUGGUUCAUGUUGGAUGUCUUGCCAAAAUCAACCCUCUUGCUCCUCUCGACAAAGUUUGUGUCCUCAGUUGUGGAAUCUCCACAGGCCUGGGUGCUACUUUGAAUGUUGCAAAACCGAAAAAAGGCUCAUCGGUCGCCAUUUUUGGACUCGGAGCUGUGGGACUUGCUGCUGCUGAAGGUGCAAGAAUUGCUGGUGCUUCAAGGAUCAUUGGGGUUGAUCUCAAUGCCAAUAGAUUUGAGCUUGCAAAGAAAUUCGGGGUAACGGAGUUUGUGAACCCAAAAGACUWCAAGAAACCGGUACAAGAAGUGAUUGCUGAGAUGACGAAUGGAGGUGUUGACAGGAGUGUUGAAUGCACCGGCCAUAUUGAUGCUAUGAUCUCUGCCUUUGAAUGUGUUCAUGAUGGUUGGGGAGUUGCUGUUCUUGUGGGUGUUCCACAUAAAGAUGCCGUUUUCAAGACGAAUCCUGUGAAUCUAUUGAACGAAAGGACUCUGAAGGGUACCUUCUUUGGAAACUACAAACCACGAUCAGACCUUCCAUCUGUGGUCGAAAAGUACAUGAAUAAGGAACUUGAGGUGGAGAAGUUCAUAACACAUGAAGUGCCAUUUUCUGAGAUCAACAAGGCCUUCGAUUUGACNGGUGAAGGUCUUCGUUGCAUCAUUCGCAUGGAUGCAUAGAUACCUUUUCAAAGUGUUGUAAUUCUUGAAAUCUACUUUCCCUUUCUUGAUGUUUCAAUUGAAGUAAUUUUGAUGUAUAAAUGCUUCUGUCAUGAAAUCUCUUUUGGUCCUCCUGCAAUGUACUUUACAAUUGUUUUAGUAAAGUUGUGGUUAUCGUAUUAAAAA